AUGAAGUUCACCCUCGCUUCCACCCUCCUCCCCCUCCUGGCCGCCGCUGCCCCCGCCCAGCAGCGCGACUCCAACUCUUCUACUCCCUCUACCUUCGGCAUCAUGUCCGCCCGCUCUGGCUCCCCCAUCCACCUCCUCCCCUUGAACGCCAACAGCGGUGGUUUCUACCUGGGCGGAAACACCUCUUCUUACUGCCCCAUCUCUUCCGGCUGCCCUGCCGGUACUGAGACCGUUUUUGCUGGUGAUGGCUCUGCUUUGGACGUCGAAGUCCCCGGCGGCCAGCAAGUCUACGUCGCCCCCAGCGGUGCCCUGACCUUCACCGUCCCUCACUCGGCCUACAUCCCCGCUGGCUCUUCCACCGGCCCCUUCAAGUACACCCCCGGCAAGCCCUUCGGCACCUGGACUUUCACCGGUGCCGGUGCUACGGGCUUCAUGGCUUGCCCUGACGAGGGUAACAAGUGGCAGGUGUUUGCUGCUACUAAGAAUGCUACCGUGCCCAGUGGCAAUGUUGCUGAUUGCUUGGGCUUUGAUGCCCUGGCUGUUGCUACUAAUGGUUCCGUUGCUGCUUGGGAGUAUAUCUAA